GUGUUUUAUCUUCAGACAACUAGUAAACAAAAGCAGCCGAAAAAUCUUGCGAUCUAUCUCAUAAAUAUACAUUUUUUCUGUAAAUUGAGUUGAGGGACCACAUGAAAUGAUGUCCGAUCAAGUAUCUGAGACCACCGACAAAGAUCUUGCUUCCAACGUAGAAAAUCUGAACCUUGGCCAUGAACAGAAACAGGAAAAACAAGAGGCGAAGAAAGUUGACAUCAUCCUACAUGCCACCGGAAAUGCCCCAAUACUGAAGCAGAAAAAAUGGACCGUUGAUCAGGAGAAACCAAUCAGUGCAAUCAUCAAAUUUAUCCACAAAUACUUGAAGCUGGAGCCUGGAGAGAAACUGUUUUUGUACAUCAAUCAAACAUUCGCACCAUCACCGGAUCAAAUUAUUAAGAACUUGUAUGAAUGUUACGGAGCCAACGGAAAGCUAGUGCUGCACUAUGCUAAAAGUCAAGCUUGGGGCUGAAUUGAAUGAAAUCGAAAUCGAAUUAUAGCUGCCGUGAUAACCAUUCUUCGUUUCACUCUAAGUCAUUUAAUGUAAGGCUUUGCGAUGCUUCUAACAUGAGCAUACACUGAAUUAGAUAUAGCAGCGUA